AUGACGUUACCACUAAGUAUCAACGUGAUUUUUGAUAUUGAAGAAGAAGAUAUAGAUAUCAGCGACAGCAAUGAUAAUGAACUUGAUAACGUGCUUGACAGAAUUUUUGACACAACAGAUGGUAAAGAUCCAAAACUUAUCAUCUCCCAGUUGAAGAAUAUACAGAAUGGAUCAAAAGCCUUGAGAAGGCGGGACUUAGUUAUAAUAAACAUGACCGCUGGGCACAAAUUAGCUCAAGAAAAAAAAAUUAAUGGUCAAAAAGAUGGUAUUGCUAUUGAUAUGGCACAUAUGAAAGACCAGGUUCAGUUAUUAGAAACAAAGCAACAAAAUACACCUCUACAGAAUAUUCAAGAGUUGCGGAAUGGAUUAGUAAUGAAAGAAGACAUAUAUGUAAUAGUGUAUGAUGCAAUGAAAACAUGCACUUAUCUUAAUGCAGAUGAAAUAAAGUCUCUAGAUAAAUGGAAGGAUAAAAUAAACCCAGAUAUUUUUAUGAUUGAUGACGCAGAUGAAGAAAUAAAGCGCAGAAAGUUAAAUUACAAUUCUAGUACAAAUAUUGACCAAUAUAAAGCUGCUAUUUGGAGAGAUCUUUGGUAUUUAAUGAAGUUAGAAGGAUGGGGUGAUGCAGAAGCAAGAAAACAAGUUAUCGAAACUAUUGACAGGUGGCGAAAAUUUAAUGUAGAAACUGUUAACACCCUUGCUAAUUAUUUCGAGCAGAUUGUUCUUCGGGACUUAGAGUUCUCAACUUUUAUAGAUGAAUUGAAAGUUGGAAGAAUGAAUCCACGAAGAUGUCAGCAACGAAUUCGAGAAAUUGCAGGAACAACACAAAUUAAUCUAAAUGAUAUUUAUAGUGUCAGAUCUGACAUUUGGGUUGUACAUUCUAUAACAAAUGAUGAUGUGGAAUACUCUGUCCAAAGAAAAGACUCUAUGGUCAAAAACAAUGAUAAUUUAGACAUAUCCUCAUAUAUUUGCAAUUGCCGUAAUUUCAAAACACGGCAAUUGCCAUGUAAACAUAUUUUUGCUAUACUUAGUAGGCUUCAUACUAAUGUUGAUAGUAUAGAAAAAAGUAGUCACGAUUACAGUUACUUUGUACAGCAAUCUGAUAAUCUCAUUAUAGAGAAACAUCCUAAUUCUUUUACCUCAAUCGAACCUUUAGGCGAUAAAAAUUUAGAACUUACAAAAUUACAGGAAGAGCUCGCGUCAAUCGCUGAAGAAUGGAAAGAAAAAAGAAGCCACGAUAUCUGCAAUUUAUGA